AAAUAAAGGAGUGAGACGUAGGAAAGGAGCAAGUGGAGAGAGAGAGAGAGAAAGAAAGAGACAGAGAUUAAAGCAGCACAUGAACGCUGAGGUUAAACAGAGAAGUGUUAAGGAUGUCAGGAAUACACUGCCCUGCACACCCAUAGUGACUCAUUUUGUGUCAGCGAUAAUCCUCGCAAAGUUUUCUCUGCUGUGAAUGAAGAUGGUUGACCAGGUCAUCAACACUGGCCAAUGGCUGCUCUGAGGGACGUUGUUCUAGAACUGUCUUGAAGAGACCAACGAGAUUUAAGCUUCAUUGCAGCAAGUCAACAGCUGGGACCUUGUGUUGUGUGAUCCUGUGACUCUCCAAUGAGACGCCUGAGGGAGUGGAGAUUGGGGUCAUCUCCUGGUAACACCUCAGUGCUGACCCCACCAGUGGGCAUUGUCUGCCCCAUAAAGAGGGGGGGGAGAGUGUCAGUUAGCUCCAACACUGAGCAGCGUCUCUGACUUUGAAUGGAAGACGUCUUUUGACCUUUACCCUGCCUACAGACCCACAAAGCCAUGACCUCGACACUUCGAACUUUGCACUUUAAACUCCUGACUCAUGGCACGGGUCAGGGUGCCCCCCACAGCUGUGAUCAGGAGAUCCUGAGGAAGUAUGAUGUCGUACCCUCUGUUGUCUGUGCUAUGUGCUGCCUCUUUGGGAUUAUUUAUUGUUUCUUUGGUUACCGCUGUUUCAAAGCCAUCAUGUUCCUCACUGGCCUAAUGUUCGGCUCCAUCGUCAUCUUCAUGCUGUGCUACAAGGAGAGGGUACUGGACACGCAGCUGAGUAUGGAGGUCAGCGUGGGCAUCGGCCUGGGCAUUGGCAUCCUCUGUGGCCUGGUCACCAUGCUGGUGCGGAGCGUCGGCCUCUUCAUGGUGGGCUUGCUGCUGGGUCUGCUGGUUGCCUUGGCGACGCUGGUGGUGCUGGAGCAGUUCUACCACCCCCACACCGUCUGGGUCCCCAUCGGCCUGUUGCUGGGUGCCGGAAUGUUCUUUGCGGUGCUAACCCUGCAGUGGCAGCGCUUCUUCACCGUGCUGUCCACCGCCGUCUUCGGGAGCGCCGUCAUCACCGUGACAGUGGAUUACUUCAUUGAGCUCUUCCAGCUCGUGCAGUACAUCUACGAGAGGGUGAAGGUCGCUCCAGUGCAGCCCGUCUGCUGGUACAGCUGGGUCAUCUUGGGUGUCUGGCCGGUGCUGACCUCUCUCGGCGUCCUGGUGCAGUUUAAAGUCACAGCAGAAGGCUACUCUCAUACAGAAGUGUUUAUCAGCAGGAGGCAGCGGCGGGUUCAGCUGAUGAGAAUACGACAGAAGGACAACAAGAGGAAGAGGAGAAAGCACCACAAGAAAUACCAGGAGCCCGUGUACCGGCGGAAGCCAACUCCAGUCCGUCGCUACGAUGGAGACGUGCUCUCUCCGAGCUACAUUCAGAACUUCCGAGAGCGCCAGACAGGAGGGGGCGCUCCCUCCGGAGGGUUCGGCUCAAGCACGCACACCAUGAUCGACGUAGACUAUGACUGCAGCUCCACCGUGCCCCUCACAGCCGCCACUCCCGCUGUCCGCGUGUGAGGCAACAUGGAGCACGAGAAGACGCACAUUGCAGGAGGAUCCUCGUUGUUGGGUGUGUGACGGGAAAGAGGGGGAGAAGAGUACAGCAGGAAAUACAACUCAUUGGUUCUUGCCAACAAAUAAGCAAAGGGGACCUUUCGUGAACAAGUCGAUUGUCUCUCUCUUUCUCUCUCUCUCUCUAAACACGACUUAACAAAAACUGGAUUUCCCUCAUCAAUGAACUCUUUCUGAGUAUAUGCAGGCUUCUGCAUUCCCCCACACCCCAACCAAUUUUGAUUCUGAGCUGAGGGGAAUGACGAUGGGAAUCAGAACUACAUCACAACUUUGGAACUCUCGUCAAGCUGUUGAUGGGAAGUGUUUUAAGGAGCAUGUCCAGAAGAGAAAUGGCAUCAACCGUCACUGAAAGAGAGAGAGGGAGAGAGGGAGACCGAGGGACAGCACAAUAGGAGCAGGUCUACAUUGUCCUCGAUGCCCCUCAAUGUAAUCAUUUCCCUUGUUCUGUACCCUGAAGGGAACUGGAAACCACUGAUGCAGCGAGAAAGAGAGAGAGAGAGAGGAGGGUGACUCUCACCUACAGCGACGGAUACUUCAUUCAGCCCUGCAACCCACUCCUGAUGCACACAUCUCCCCCACCCCACACACUCCCUCCUCCGUGAAUGCAUUGGGAAUGAAGGACCUGAGCAGGAUAUUCCCAAUGGCAACUUGCCAGGCAGAUUAUUUUUAUUUUGCAUGAUGCCAAGCCAUGUAUGUGCGUGUGGAGGGAAAUGUACUCCUGCAUAUAAACUAUUGCGCACGGAUCUAUUCUUGAAUAUAAAAUAUUAAGAAGGAAAAGGUACUGGUUUGGGCAUUAGAAGACAAAGUGGAUUUUUGAUGUUGUGUUAAGCCUCUCUUUAGAAAUACUGAUUUUGUGUUUCUAAAGGCAGCAGAAAGCAAUGUGUGUGUGUGUGUGUGUGUGUGUGUCUGAACUUCCUAUCUAUUGACGGUCCCCAGUUUUUGAUCGCACUGCCAACUCUCCAGCAUUACAGUCUGGAGUGACCAGGAAUUAAAGAUUAAUUUCCAGAGCAGCCAGUUUAAAAAGCAAACUCUCAGCGAAAAGUAAUGGUCAGAAUGAAGAUGACUUGAUAAAAAAAUAAACUUGUUGUCUUUUUCUUUUCUUUUUCUCUCUUUGAUUGGAAUGGUAGUUCCAAAAGUUUUGCAAAUCGGCUUUGGUGGGCGAGCUGAUGUUUAACAGAUUAGGGAGAGACAUCAUGCUCCUUUAUUGGAAUAACUUUUUUUUUUAGCAAGAAUCAGGCAGAGGCAUCCUGGAACAAUUACAGAAUGCAAGCCCUCAGAAAGGUCAGCCCCCACUCUCUGCUGAAGACCUGCUAGUAAUUUUCAGCCUCACACCAGACUGACUUACUGACAAGAGCAACGAUCAGGGAGAACCUGGAAUGGGUUUUCCCCCGUUAUCCGAAAGUAAAGCGUUCACAUGAAACCUUCCCUCAGCCGAAAUGGCGGAAAGCGAAGAAGCAUUAAUUUAUAUGGGAAAAUAUUUUUGUCUUUUUUCAUAAAAGCGAAAAUCCUCUUUGGAUUUCUUUCGCUGAGGUAAAAACAAUGACUGCAGAUGCUGGAAACCAGAUUCUGGAUUAGAGUGGUGCUGGAAGAGUACAGCAAUUCAGGCAGCAUCCGGGGAGCAGGAAAAACGACGUUUCGGGCAAAAGCCCUUCAUCAGGAAUUUCUUUCGCUUAGCGAAAACAGGUACUAAUGUAGGCCUUUGGUAAGAGCAAAGUGACAUAAAGCAAACUUUCGAAAAGCGAGGGAUACCUGAAUUAAUGUCAGUAUUGAUAUGGGUCUUAACUUUGUUAAUUCCAAAGGUCUUAACCAUUUUCACCUGCUUCAUCAAUGACCUUCCCUCCAUCAUAAGGUGUGUGGCAUUGUGGCUCAGUGGUUAACACUGCUGCCUUGCAGCACCAGGGGCCCAGGUUCAAUUCCCGCCUUGGGUGACUGUCUGUGUGGAGGUGACACAUUCUCCCUGUGUCUGCGUGGGGCUUGAUCUGGCUUCCUCCCACCAUCCAAGGAUGUGCAGUUUAGUUGGACUGGCCAUGCUCAAUUGUCCAUAAUGUGCAGGCUCAGAACGUUCGGCAUGGGAAAUACAGGAAUGGGAUUCGACGGUUAGUGUGGGCAAGGAUUCUGUAAGAUCAGAAGUGGAGAUAUUUACACAUUGUCCAGCUCUGUUUGUGACUCCUGAGAUACUGAAGCAGUUCAUUUUCAAAUGUAACAAGAUGUGGACAAUAUCCACGUUUGGACUGACAAUUGGCAGGUAAUAAUCAUGGAGGAAAAAGUGAGGUCUGCAGAUGCUGGAGAUCAGAGCUGAAAAUGUGUUGCUGCCUGAUGAAGGGCUUUAGCCCGAAAUGUCGAAUUUCCUGUUCCUUGGAUGCUGCCUGACCUGCUGCGCUUUAACCAGCAACACAUUUUUAGCAGGUAAUAAUCAUGCCACACAAGUGCCAACAAGAGAGAGAAUCUAACCAUUGCCACUUGAUUGUCAAUGACAAAGCCAUUGUUCAUUUCCCCAACUAUCAACACCCCGUAGUUAUUACUGACCAGAAGCUGAAUUGAUCCAGCCUUGAAAAUAUAAUGGCUGCAAAGUUAAUGUGGAGACUGAGAAUUCUACAGUGAACAAUUCACUUCCUGCCUCUCCAAUAUCUGUUGCUAGAUACCAGGCACAAGUCUGUCUCUACAAGGUCCCAUCAAUACAUUGGAACCGAGACACCACCCUUACCGAAGCAACCACUUGAGUGGCACCACAUCCACAAGCGUUAACUCCCUCCACCACCAAUGUUCAGUAGCAGCAGUGAGUACCAUCUACAAGGUGCUCUGCAGAAACUCAUCAAAGAUCAUCACCAUCCAAACCCAUGACCACUUCCAUCUAGAAGGAAAAGGGCAGUAGAUACAUGGGAACACCAACCCCUGCAAGUUCCCCUCCAAACUACUCACUGACUUGGAAAUAUAUCACCGUUCCUUCAGUGUCACUGGGUCAAAAUCCUGGAAUUCCUUCCCUAAGGACAUUGUGGGUCUACCCACAGCACAUGGACUGCAGCGGUUCAAGAAGGCAGCUCACCCCCACCUUCUCAAGGGGCAACUAGGGAUGGGCUAGAAAUGCUGACCACGAAGCACCACAUAUGUUCUAUAAAGAAAUUUUUGAACAACUUCCAACCAAAUUGUUCAUAAACAAUUCUCAAUUCAGAUUGUUAAAGGAAAUAUUCAGAGUAUGUACAAAGUGUUCCUUUUAUCUGAGGUAAAAUGAGUGGCAUGGUGGCUCAGUGGUUAGCCAAGGACCUGGGUUCAAUUCCAGCUUCAGGCAACUGUCUGUGUGGAGUUUGCACAUUCUCCCCAUGUCUGCGUGGGUUUCCUCUGGGUGCUCCGGUUUCCUCCCACACUCCAAAGGUGUGCAGGUCAGCUGAAUUGGCCAUGCUAAAUUGCCCAUAGUGUUAGGUGCAUUAGUCGGAGGGAAAUAUAAUGGGUCUGAGUGGGUUACUCUGCAGAAGGUCAGCACGGACUUGUCGGGCUGAAGGGCCUGUUUCCAUACUGUAGAGGAUCUAAUUGAAAAUAUGUGUUUCUGGUGUGAGAUGAAGUAAUAAUGCAUUUACACAUUCCCAGUUCAAGAUGGUAGGACUGAAGGAGUGCUGCACAGUUGCAGGUGCUGUCUUUGGAAGGUGACAGGCCAUAGUCCUGCCUACCCUCUCCAAGGGAAGGUUACUGAUUCUGAAACCAUGUGGUUGACAAGUGUCCCUUGCCCAAGACUUUUUGCCUUUGACUAACAUCACAAAAAGAAACAAGAACAGAAAUGACUGGAGAAACUCAGCAAGUCUGGCAGCAUCUGUGGCGAGAGAGAAACAGGUUGAUAUACUACCAGAACGAUCCAGAAACAGGGGGGUUAACACCAGCAGGAAAGGUUGGGAGGAAGGGCCUCUUUGCUGUCAAAAAAGAGGGUGGCUGAGGGAAGACCUAAUUUAAUAUCGCAAAGGGGUUGAGAGACUGCACAAAUGAAGGUGUUUCUAAAGUCCACAAUUAUGAUACAGUCACUGAUGGAUCAUGUAGGAGGUCCAGGAGGGAAUCUCUUCACCCAGAGAACACAGCAAGUGUGGAACCCACUCCCACUGGGAUUGGUAGAAAUGAAAAGUCAAAAUGGAUUUAAGGGGAAUUUGGAAAAACCGAUGAGGGAGAAAGGAGCCACAGAUUAGGCUGAAAGGGUAAGAUAUAAUGUGGGAGGAUCCUAAACUCCAACUUGGAAAUGUCGAGCCAAAUGGCCAGUUUCUGGUCUGUAAAAUUGUUUGCUAUAGGUCUUUGCAUGGAGUGUAUUAAACAUCUGGGGAAAUGAUAUAACGGGAUGACAAUGCGCACAAAAUUUGGUACAACAGGAAGGGAGUCAUCUCCCUCCUUUUUAAUUCCCCCUCAUCUGAUUGCGAAAAAUACUUUUAUUCCUUUCAAGCCCAGAUAUCACGUUUGAAAUAAAAUGAAGUUCACUAGAAAUGAAGGAGCUAAUUGCCAGCUAAUUCUUGAGUGAAAGAAGGUGACAGUUUAUUGGUGACUAGCAUCAAGAGAAAGAUUUGAUCUGUGUAAUGCAACAUCAGUCAUGCACACAAACACAGGUAAUGUGUUUACAAGAAGUGGGCAAGAUGUCCAGUACAAAUAGAUCGAUAACAGUAAAUACAGCUCAAAGUUCUUAGAACCCUCAAGUUUUGAGAAUGAAUCCUGAGUGCAUGAUGAUUUAGCUGCUUCCUUUUCUUCAGUAUUUGUAGAAUUCUGGAGUUCCUGGUCAAUGGUUAUUUUUCUGAGUUGCUUUUUCACAGGGCACUGCCUUCAGAGGUUGAGGGAGACAGAGAAAGGUUAAUUCUUCCAGAUUCUGUUGCUAUAAAUCUAUGUUCUUGUCCUUUGCUUAGCUAUGUAAGCUACUGAAACAUGGUUUGUUCUUAUAUUCCCGAGUCUAGCUCCACUGUCUUUCCAAGCUGGAUACUCUGCAGGCAGCAUUUGUUCUCCCAAUAUGUGAAAUUAUCAUGCAAGUGUGAAUUAAACAGAAUAUGAAUUUCUUGAUGCUGACUUAGUUGUCUGUUUCAUUAUCUUCAAAUGGAAUGCCAAUUUUAGUGCAUUUUACUGUAUCCUUUGUGGGUUCCCUUCCUUGCCUGAAUCUCUGCUCAGCUGUCCCCAGCAGCCA